UUGUUGAUCUCAGCAAUGUUAAUACUUUCUUUUAACAGUGAACUACCUCUUAUGAAAUAAAGAAAUGGAUGCAAUGGAUGAGACCUCUAAAAGAAUCCUCCUGGAGCCAUACCAGUAUUUACUUCAACUACCAGGUAAGCAAGUGAGAACCAAAUUGUCCCAGGCUUUUAAUCACUGGCUGAACGUUCCAGAAGAUAAAAUACAGGUUAUCAUUGAAGUGACAGAGAUGUUGCACAAUGCAAGCCUACUUGUGGAUGAUAUUGAAGAUAACUCCAAGCUCCGACGAGGCUUUCCAGUGGCACACAGUAUCUAUGGGAUUCCAUCAGUAAUCAACUGUGCUAAUUAUGUUUAUUUCCUUGGCUUAGAGAAGGUUUUAACCCUUGAUCACCCAGAUGCUGUUAAAGUUUUUACCCGUCAGCUACUGGAACUCCAUCAAGGUCAAGGCCUGGAUAUUUACUGGAGAGAUACUUACACAUGUCCUACAGAAGAUGAAUAUAAAUCUAUGGUACUCCAAAAGACAGGUGGUCUGUUUGGAUUAGCUGUAGGCCUCAUGCAGCUAUUUUCAGACUACAAAAAAGACUUAAAACCACUACUUAACACACUUGGCCUGUUCUUCCAAAUAAGGGAUGACUAUGCCAACCUGCACUCCAAAGAAUAUAGUGAAAACAAGAGUUUUUGUGAAGACUUAACUGAGGGCAAGUUCUCAUUCCCAACUAUUCAUGCAAUUUGGUCAAGACCUGAAAGUACUCAGGUGCAAAACAUUUUACGUCAAAGGACAGAGAACAUAGACAUAAAAAAGUACUGUGUACAUUAUCUUGAAAAUGUAGGUUCAUUUGAGUACACUCGGAAUACGCUGAAAGAGCUUGAAUCUGAAGCCUAUAAACAAAUUGAAGCACUUGGGGGAAAUCCUGAGCUUGUAGCACUAGUUGAAUACUUGAGCAAAAUGUUCAAAGAAGAUGAAAACUAGUAUUUAUCUAACUCCUGGAGACAGAUGGUUUAAAAUUAGGAAGUGAACCCAACCGUUCUUAGAUGUGAAAAGUGAGGUCAGUCUUAUUUCUCUCAUUGUUGCAUUGUGGGAAUUACCCGUGGAAACAUUUUGUCAGCAAGUACUGAAAUACAUUCUGUUAUCUCUGCAGCCUUAACUGUAACUGCUUAUGGGUAGCUUUGUUAAAACAGAUCUGCUCAAACGGAACCAAGUCUUGAAUCUAAAUGUGAUCUCCUUUACACAAUCACUGGCAUAUUUCAGCUCUGAACUGCCCACAGGUUAUAGCACUUUAACAAGGCUAUUCUAGGCUUGUGGCUGAAACUCCCCAUUAAACUAAAUCUGUCUGAUCUAA